AGCUUAAACAUCGUGAGCCUUGACUUGAUUGACGAAAUAGCUAAAUUGCCCGACCUUAGUGAACUAUAUUGUGAAGAUGAACAAGAUACUUCUAUAAGCACGUAUGACUAUACAGAAAAAAAUGACGAGACGUCCAAAUCUGACGUCUAUCACAGAAAUUUAAAAAGGAACAGACAAGAUGGUUUCAAACUUUUUACAGAUAUGCAAGCUACUAUUAUUCAGGAGCCUUCACACAAUAAAUAUGAUAUAUCACAUCUGUUGAAAUACAAAACUUUAACAACCACUUCAACGCAAUUGGAUAAUUCACGGCAUAUAACCAUGUUAAUAAGACAAAGAGAAAAUUGUAAAAAAAGUGCAAUAGUGUUUAAAAAUAAAUUGAAAGCCUUAAAGCUUCAUAGUAAAAGCAGCAAAUCUUCAAGUACUGAUAAUUUUGACAAAAAGAAUAAUAAACUGCAGUUGAAACUCCAUAAUAAGUUGAAGGCUACCGGCAAUGUUGUAAAGAUGUUGGAUGAAAUCAUAGAAGCAGAAUGUUCUGAAGUUUACAGUACAGAAGUAACAGACAGAAACCAAGCACAGAAACAAUAUAUGUACAAUUACGAAUAUUAUGACCCGGAACUACACUGGUGUCAUAUUUGUAACGUGUUCCCGCAGACCGCGAAAGAUUUUCUAAAACAUUUGCAUAGCAGUCUUCAUCAGGAAAAAACUGGAGACCACAUUGAAAAGCCGUGGAGUGAACAGACGGAUUUCGACGAAGGUUUCCCUCAUGUGCCUUCUGCUCCAUCAAAACGAACUCCUAUUAGAGGUCUUCAGUUCUAUGUGCCAACAACAGCGUGGUACUGUAAGCUGUGCAAGCACUUUAUGGGCGACGCGCACUCUGCUACGAAUCAUCUGAAGUCAAUCAUACACGCUAACAAGUAUAAUGAAUUUAUUGGGCAUAACCCACAUUUUGAGACUGAUUGGAUUUCCGAUCGCCAGAAAGCGUUCGAAAAAGUUCGAAGAUUGAAGAGGCUGAUCGGAAAUGAGAAGAUGGUUAGCAUUUGUGUCAGUAGUGACUCAGACGGUGAACCUACUCAUAAGAGGGAAAAACGGAUGAAAGAGAAGCAUCACAAUAAGUCUAGGAAAGAGAAUAUUUUUAAGGCAAACUCAGAAAAAAUUGCCGAUUUAGAUUCAACGCGAUCCCGACAAGAUACAUUGACUCCAAGCGAUCUUGUUUAUGACCGUUCUGUCUCUCGUGAGGUAGAUGAUAAUGAAAGAAGACGUUUAGAAGCACGUUGGAAAGAUAAAGAUAGAGAAGGAGAGAGACGGAUGAACGAAAGAGAGAAGAAUUCUGACGAUAGAGAGAGAUACCAGGAGAGAUCGAAACUGUGUUAUAACGAGAGGGAGCGACGGAGAGAUGAAGAAGAAAGAGAAAGAAGACAUCGACGGGAUUCAAGAUAUAUGCAGCAAUACAAACGCGAUUCGAGGGACCUUGCUCGAUUACGAGAGACACCACAAACUAAAACAAAAUACAGGGAAGGUUAUGCAAAAAUGUUGCCGGUACCUGAAAAAGACGGGAAACCAAAAUGUAGUAUGCAAGAACUAAAAAAGACUGCGGCGGAAUUAUAUAACAAGGAACGCAAAGGGAACGAAAGCCUUUAUCAACUCGCUGCCUCUUGGCUAAACAACAAUCCUUUGCCUAUUUAUCCAUCAAUAGCUGUGCCUGACGUCGACAUAAAUCAGUAUUAUCCUUAUGGGUAUCCUUAUUAUAUGGGACCUGGUUAUGGAUUAGAGUCUAUUAUGAAUCCCGGAAUGAUAGCUCCUUGUACCAGUAACUCCGGAACGAGUUUAUUGGGCGAACCACCUCUAUAUUACGGGUUUAAUAAAACAUUCUCACUUUUGUAUAAUCACAUGAAUCAGCAAUCAAUGAGAAAUAAUGUAUCGCAGAAUUCAAAAGAGCCAAUGGAUAAAGAAAAUAAUAGUACAGAAGAAAAUGAAUCGUGUAAACAAGAUGGAAAUGAAGAUGAGAAUAAUGGAAUAGAAGAAAAUUCAAUAGUACAACUAAACCUACAGAGUAUUAAAGAUGAAUCUCAAACUGUUACGGAUUACAAAGAGCAACCUCCUAAUGAUGAGAAAAACAUUGAUGUUUAAACAUCUGACAAUCAAAACGCAUUUAUUAAAACCUAAUGCUAAGCAAAGAUAGUAGCACAUACCCGGAGUUGUGUUGGCCUAGUGGGCAAAUGAGCGACUUUCUUCCAUGAGGUCGUAAGUUUGAUCCCCGGGUUCCAAUGGACCUUUCGUCUAUGUGAAACCAGCAUGCCUUAGAACCAAAAAGUCUAGGGUGUGUCAGGUAGAAGGUUGAUCACCUAUUAGAAAUGAUCACGGAGACAACGGAAUAAUUCAACCGAUUUCAAACGUUCAAAUAACCCCAUGGUAAUGUUGACACCUUCACUUAAUAGCCCCUUUUAAAUAAGUUACCUCUGUAAGUAUUUGGAGGAAAUAUUUAGUACAAUAAGUUUCAGGUAUUUUUCGCAUUUUAAAUAAUGUUGGAGUUGUGCCUUAAAUAUCAUGUCCUAUAUGCAUACAAUAUAGUUUUUAUAUUGAAUAUUUUUGUAACAGAAACAAA